GUCGCUCAGUGCAAAGGCAGUAGAUUCAAUCCCUACUACCACAAAAGAAAGAAUAAAGUCCUGACUUUUUUCUAGUGAGCAUACAAAUGAAAGUUUGUUCUUUAUUUCUUCUUAGUUUUAAAUCUGCAGCUCUUACUUCCCAACAUGGGAAAAAAAUUGAUCCCACCUUCUACCACUCCCACAUACAUCUACAGAGAAAUUCUUUCUCUCAAAUUGGUGCCCCGUUUUGUCUGUCUUUCUCCCCACACCGGCUUCCUCACUUUCUCCCUCUCUGUCUCUAUAUGCACAUGCUUGCAUGCACAUACUCUGCUGUGCAGUAAGAAUAAGACUGUGAGAGCCUGUGGGUGUGGAAAUGCUACAGGCAGAGAGACUCUCUUAUGUAGCCCAGGCUGGCCCCAGACUCUCAGUGAUCCUCCUACCUUAGCCUCCCCAGUGCUGGGAUUACAGAUAUGUACCCAUGCCUGGCCAGCCAUAACUUGUAAAGAGAGACCCGGGAGGCUAGGGGUGUAGCUCAGUGAUAGAGCACUUGCCUAGCAUGUGUAUGGCCUUUGGUUUAAUUCCCUGCAUCGCACGAAAAGUGGAAAAAAGUAACUGAAAAGAGACAUGAGAGCAAGAAGAUUAUUCUCCUAUCUGCUGUAUAAGACUGUGUUUCCACUUGACAGGUUUAAGUCACCAAGAUGCAGACAAAAAAACGUCACCUCAUAACACAAGAAAGAAGGCAAGCAGGGUGGCCCACACCUUCCAGCUAGAGCAAGAUUAAAUGUUGUGCUCCAGUAGAGAGAAACUUCUGUUGUCUUCAUGACAGGGAGGCGCAAAGAGCAAGAAAAAGAUGCAUCUAUCUGAGCUCUAGAAGGAGACAUGAGGUGCAGCUGCCUAAUUUGACCCAGUUCCUCCAUGGAGACUCUAAGAUCUGCUGCUUGGUCAUGUAGGGAGGAGAUACAUUGAGGGAUGGACAGUGGGAAGCUUGGGAAGGGUGCUCUGUGUGGAGAUUUGAGCAAAGAAUGAAGUACCUCUGCUGAUUUGCUCCUAGUUUCAGAAAACCAACAGCACUGACAGCAGGGCCUCAGUCCCUCUCACUUCCAGGAUUACCAACUUGGCAUUGAGACAAGCUGGAGUCAGCUAAGUACUGUUUUUGCCCAAGAUGUGUCGCAGCACCUUCUGGCACCUUCUGUGAGUGGUCGCAGUUUUCCUCCUGAGGGCUGAGAUAGACACCCCUCCUACAGUAUCGGCUCAACUGCAGGCCAGAGAUGCACUGAAAACCCAGACUCACCCUGGACUAAGAUCUCUUUAAGAUGGACAUAGAAGAAUGCAAUGGCCGCCCCUACUUGUCUGAUGUCAGCAGCAACUUUGGAGUAGAAAAGAGAAAGUUAAGGCAAGGCAACAUGAACUAUGAAGAGUGCCCCCUGCAGGACUGAGCUCCGCUUCGCUUCGACGUCCACUUGAGGGACCCCUGCUGGGCUGACAGGGGCAGGGGUGCCCGCAUUGUACAACGCUACUACAGCACACUUGGCCCUUCUGUUUGUCGCCUUGCUCUUCCUCAGCCUGGGGGCCUCUCACCAGCCCCUUGAUGAAGGAAGGGGUAGCUCUCCUGAUGUUCAAAGAAAUUUUACUGUCUCACAACCUGAUAUAAAAAGUCCAUUUUUCCCUCUCCCUUUCUUUUCUAAAGGACCAUUCCCAUGGGGAAGAAGGAAAGAAAGAGUCCAGUAAUCUACAGCAUAGAUCUCCAUACCCCCUAAACCUGGCUUGUGCAGUUAACUGAGCAACUCUUCUCCUGGGCUUUCUGGGGCUGUGAAAUGUGUGAGGGAACCUUGGGAGAAAAGGACCCAGGGGAAUCCACGCUUCCUGGAAGGUGAGUGGCUGGGCUCACCCCUGCCUGCCACCGAGACGCAGACAUGCACACACCACCCGCACUCCCUCGCCGCUUCCAAGGCGGCGGCCGCGUUCGCACCCCAGGGUCUCACCGGCAAGGGAAGGAUAAUCUGGAGAGGGAUCCCUCAGGAGGGUGUGUUCCGGAUUUCUUGCCUCAGGCCCAAGACUCCAACCAUUUUAUAAUGGAAUCUUUAUUUUGUGAAAAAGAUUGUGGGGAGGAGGGAUUUUUUAAAAGACAAUCAUUUUCAGGUAGCGGGGACUCAUCUCUGGAGAAGGAGUUCCUCGGGGCCCCAGUGGGGCCCUCAGUGAGCACCCCCAACAGCCAGCACUCUUCUCCCAGCCGCUCACUCAGUGCCAACUCCAUCAAGGUGGAGAUGUACAGCGAUGAGGAGUCGAGCAGACUGCUGGGCCCAGACGAGCGGCUGCUGGAAAAAGAUGACAGCGUGAUUGUGGAAGACUCGUUGUCAGAGCCUCUGGGCUACUGUGAUGGGAGUGGGCCAGAGCCUCACUCGCCUGGUGGCAUCCGGCUGCCCAAUGGCAAGCUCAAGUGUGAUGUCUGCGGCAUGGUCUGUAUUGGCCCCAACGUGCUUAUGGUGCACAAACGUAGCCACACGGGUGAGAGGCCCUUCCACUGCAACCAGUGUGGUGCCUCCUUCACCCAGAAGGGCAACCUGCUGCGCCACAUCAAGCUGCACUCUGGGGAGAAGCCCUUCAAAUGUCCCUUCUGCAACUACGCAUGCCGCCGGCGUGACGCACUCACAGGCCACCUCCGCACACACUCAGUCUCCUCUCCCACAGUGGGCAAGCCCUAUAAGUGCAACUACUGUGGCCGGAGCUACAAACAGCAGAGUACCCUGGAGGAGCACAAGGAGCGAUGCCACAACUACCUACAGAGUCUCAGCACUGAAGCCCAAGCGUUAGCUGGCCAACCAGGUGAUGAGAUUCGUGACCUGGAGAUGGUGCCAGACUCCAUACUGCACUCAGCAUCUGACCGGCCAACUUUCAUUGAUCGUCUGGCUAACAGCCUCACCAAACGCAAGCGUUCCACACCCCAGAAGUUUGUAGGUGAAAAGCAGAUGCGCUUCAGCCUGUCUGACCUCCCCUACGAUGUGAACUCAGGCAGCUAUGAAAAGGAUGUGGAGCUGGUGGCCCACCACGGCCUGGAGCCUGGCUUUGGAGGUUCUCUGGCCUUUGUAGGUGCAGAACAUCUGCGUCCCCUCCGCCUUCCACCUACGAAUUGCAUCUCAGAACUCACGCCUGUCAUCAGUUCUGUCUACACCCAGAUGCAGCCCCUCCCUGGCCGACUGGAGCUUCCAGGGUCCCGAGAAACAGGUGAAGGGCCCGAGGACCUGGGGGAUGGAGGUCCCCUCCUCUACCGAGCCCGAGGCUCCCUUACUGACCCGGGGGCAUCCCCCAGCAAUGGCUGCCAGGACUCCACAGACACAGACAGCAACCACGAAGAUCGGGUUGGGGGGGUGGUGUCCCUCCCUCAGGGUCCCCCACCCCAGCCACCUCCCACCAUCGUGGUGGGCCGGCACAGUCCUGCCUAUGCCAAAGAGGACCCCAAGCCGCAGGAGGGCUUACUGCGGGGCACCCCAGGCCCCUCCAAGGAAGUGCUUCGAGUGGUGGGCGAGAGCGGCGAGCCCGUGAAAGCCUUCAAAUGUGAACACUGCCGCAUCCUCUUCCUGGACCAUGUCAUGUUCACCAUCCACAUGGGCUGCCAUGGCUUCAGGGACCCUUUUGAGUGCAACAUCUGUGGUUACCACAGCCAAGACCGGACUCACAAGAGGGGGAGAAGUCGGCACAACUCCACUGCAAGUGGAAGUCUCUUUCUCCAGAGUUUCCUGCCCACGGCCACAGCCAUCCCACUCUCUCUUCCUUGAGAUUCAAACCAAAGGCUGUUUUUCUAUGUUUAAAGAAAAAGUAAAAACCAAACACAACACCUCACAAGUUAUAACUCUUGGUCCUUCUUCUCUUUUUCUCUUCCUUUCCCUUCCAUCUCUUUCUACGUGUCCUUUCCUCAUUGGCUCUUCUGCCUUUCCUACUUUUCUCACUCCCUGUCAGGUAUAUUGGGAUUAAGGAUUAGAUCCCGGGAUUGGGGCCCUUCGGGGUUCUGGGAAGAGUGUACCUUAUCCCAUCCGGGAAAGGACAUCACUUUCUCCUCUUCCACCUUUCACUCCCCUAUUAUACAAUUUCCCCAAGAGAACCAGAUGGCAGGAAGAGACCGCCCAGGGUGAUUGUUCCUCCUCGACAAUGUAGCAAUAAAUAGAUGCUGCCAAGGGCAGAGGACGGGGCAGUCAGCUCAGAGGAGAGUGGUCCCUCAGAGGGGAAGAGUUUUCUCAAUAGCACCCUGGGCUACUCACUCCUGUCCAGGAUGGCAGCAGAGCUGAGAGUAAUAUCUAGGCUUCUCCUGAACUAUUCUGGUUAUUGAGCCCCUUCCCUCAGACCUACCCCUUCCACUUCUGCGUCUGCUGUGUAUUGAUGAUACCUCAUAAGGACGAGUCCCCCUUGUCGGGUAUCAGAGCCUUAGGGUGCCCCAUCCCCUCUAGUCAGCCUUGGCACCGGUAACCUCCCGGAACAUGAAGGACUGUGCUCUGAGGCAACUCCAUGCCCGUGAGAGCAGAGACUGGAAGGGCAAGACCAGGUGCUAGGGAGGGAGAGAGGGGCAUCCUGUCUCUCUCCAGACCACCACUGCACUUUAACCAGGGUCUUAGGUACAAAAUCCUACUCUUCAGAGCCUUCCAGCUCUGGAACCUCAAACAUCCUUCUGCUCUCUCCCAGCUCCUUUUGCAUAAAAAAAAAAAUUAAAGAAAAAAAAAACACAAACUGAAACCCACAUGGAGAAAAGAGGUGUUUCCUUUUAUACUGCUAUUCAAAAUCAACAUCACAAAAAUAAAAAAAUAAUUUCUAAAAAAAAACACUUUUCCAGACUUUUGUUUUUCUGUGUCAGUGUCCAAGCUGCGGGUGGGAUUUUAUAAUACUUCUGGCAGCUUCUUUCCUUGUGUACAUAAUAUAUAUAUAGAUAUAUUUUUAAUCAGAAGUUAUGAAGAACAAAAAGAAAAAAACACAGAAGCAAGUGCAAUACCACCUCUCUUCCUCUCCCAGGGUUUCCUUUGUAGCCGCUUUGGUGUUUCCUUUGGCCUUGGCCCCUACACCUCCCCUCUUUCUCUGGUCCCCACCCCCCCUUUUUUUUAAAGAGUUUUUCUUCUGUCUUAAGGGGAGUUAAACUAGCUUUUGAGACUUAUUGCAAAGCAUUUUGUAUAUGUAAUAUAUUGUAAGUAAAUAUUUGUGUAACGGAGAUAUACUACUGUAAGUUUUGUACUGUACUGGCUGAAGGUCUGUUAUAAAUAAACAUGAGUAAUUUAACACCCCUGGUUGUCUUUGCA